AUGCCAGAACGUCACUCUUAUCAUAAUAAAGAAAACAAAGAAAACCGAUAUGGAAAACGACGAUUAUCCACUGAAUAUCCUACCAGACAUACCACGCCUAUUGACGACCAGGAUUAUCAACGUGAACGAUCACCUGCGACAUUACCAAACUCUAUUCCAUUAAGUCCACGCAGAUCAUUUAAAACACCUCAUCCACCACAACAGAAAAAAAAAAAGAAAGAAAACCAACCAACUUCACGACAACCUCCACCUUUAGCCCCUGAAUCCAGUCGACGAUAUAUUUCAUUAGACUAUGAUGACCGUCUUUCUACAUUUUCUGUUCUUGAUCCUACUGCCAAGAAUUAUACAGAAAGUGAUAUCAAGUUACUUAGGAAAAAACGUGAACCUAGAAAACAAGAUUAUCGUCCAAUGACUCGACAAGCUAAAGAAGAACUUCGAAAAAUGCUUCAUACCACUUAUAAAUCGAUGUUACAUCAACAAGAGGAUACUACGUUGAAAACAUUGAUACAAAAAAUCAAUCAUAGAAUCAAUACCACCUUGGUACCCAUGUCAUUCCCACCUCACGCCUUUGAUUCCGAUCAUGCCACUCAAAAGAAAACCAAACUCAUGGACACCGCAUUCCUUCAACUACAAGAAAAAACAGAGAUCGAACUUGAUCGUUAUUAUCAUUUAUUGGAUAUGGAGAAAAUCAAAUUACAACUUGAUCAAAUGGAAUCCAAUCAUGAUGAUGAUGAUUCCCUUCCUUUCGAAAUGGUAAUAAUAAUAAUAAAACAUAUACAUUCCAUUGACUUUUUUUUUUUGAUAGGAAAAAUAUUUACCAAGUAA